AUGCGUGAAGUCCCCAAGUACUCUAAUGUGCGCGAGCGCGCCCCUGACUCCCUAGCCGUCACCCGCCUCCCUGAUUCCCCGUCAUCCGUCGUCAUGAAGCGCUCCUCCGGGCGGCCCCGGUCUGCCGUUGCCGUUGGCGUUGGCAGUACUAGCGUGGGCGCAUUCGUCGUGGGACUCGUUGCGCUCAGCCUCCUCACAACCCACGCUAGCGCUACUACCAUCUGCCUUCCGGGCCCAUCUGGCGAGGAGGAAUGCUCGGAAGACCCCUUCGCUGGUGAGGCCUGGAGUGCGGGUGAGGCCUGGAGUGCGGGUGAGGCCUGGAGUGCGGGUGAGGCCUGGAGUGCGGGUGAGACCUGGAGUGUGGGUGAGACCUGUAAUGUGGACGAGACUUGGAGUGUGGACGAGACUUGGAGUGUGGGUGGGAGUUGGAGUGUGUAUGGGAGUUGGAGUGUGGGUGGGAGUUGGAGUGUGGGUGGAAGUUGGAGUGUGGGUGGGAGUUGGAGUGUGGGUGGGAGUUGGAGUGUGGGUGGGAGUUGGAGUGUGGGUGGGAGUUGGAGUGUGGGUGGGAGUUGGAGUGUGGGUGGGAGUUGGAGUAUGGGUGGGAGUUGGAGUGUGGGUGGGAGUUAA